UUUAAAGAUGGCUGACGACCUGCCUACCGAAUUUGAUGUUGUCAUUCUCGGCACCGGCCUUCCGGAAUCCAUCAUCGCUGCUGCUUGUUCAAGAAUCGGACAGAGGGUCCUCCACCUCGACGCGAGAAAUUACUACGGUGGGAACUGGGCCAGCUUCACGUUUUCAGGGUUACAGACGUGGAUAGAAGACUGUAAGAAAGACGACGUUACCGGCGAGGAGGCUGAACCUGGAAUCGGGCAAAUCUUGGCUAGCGAGAAAAGUAUUUGCCUGAGCCGGAGGAACCGGACCGUGCGGAAUAUCGAAGUUUUCUGCAGUUCCAGUAGUGAAGAUACAGAUGAUGUGAAAGAAGCUGGGGCUCUCUGCGUUGACCCUGAGGUUUUAACGACUUCAUCUGCAGAAUUGCCAGCGGAACCACAGCCUCAGGAGAGCUCGUCCUCGGGUAUUAACCAGGGUACGAUUACCCCAGAUCCAGAAGAGACAAACGACCCAGAAAACGCUGGUCCCGAGGAGCCAGAGGGGAAUGAUCACGAAUCCAGCGAGACGCUUAGCACUUCCGGCCCGGAAACAUGCGACGCGACAGAGACGGAACCGACCGCUGCUCAAACCUGCCAGCCGGAGCCGGGCAAAGCCGUUACCUAUUCACAGAUUCUAAAAGAGGGACGGAGGUUUAACAUUGAUUUAGUUUCAAAGUUUCUGUAUUCCCGGGGAAUGCUAAUUAAUCUACUAAUCAAAUCCAACGUCAGUCGCUAUACAGAGUUCAAGAACAUCACUAGGAUUCUAACAUACUACGAUGGAAAAAUCGAGCAGGUACCGUGCUCGCGAGCGGAUGUGUUCACCAGUAAGCAGCUUUCCAUGGUGGAGAAGAGAACGCUCAUGAAGUUUCUCACGUUCUGUGCAGACUUCGAGCAACAUCCAGAAGAAUACCAAGAUCACACGGAAAGCACGUUCGCCGAGUUCUUGAAGUUGAAACGGCUCACGCCAAGCUUGCAGCACUUCGUCCUGUGUUCCAUAGCGAUGGCGUCAACGACCACCAAGACUGUCGAUGGAUUAAAAGCCACGCAGCAUUUCCUGCGAUGCCUUGGCUGCUACGGCAACACUCCUUUCCUCUUCCCCAUGUACGGCUUAGGAGAGCUCCCCCAGUGCUUCUGCAGAAUGUGUGCCGUGUUCGGAGGAAUCUAUUGUCUUCAACAUUCCCUGCGGUACCUGGUCGUUGAUGAAGAGUCGAACCGAUGUAAAGCUGUGAUUGACAGCAGAGGCAAGCGAAUCAGCUGCGACUAUGUGGUUUUGGAAGACGGUUACCUUUCUCAUGACGUUUGUGCAAAUGUUUCCUACAAGCAGAUGUCACGCGCGGUUCUUAUCACCGACCGGUCAAUACUCAGAGCGGAAUCAGAUCAGCAGAUCUCCGUUUUGACCGUUCCACCGGAAGCUGAAGGACAGCACCCCAUCUCCGUGACCGAACUGUGCUCUUCAACAAUGACAUGCAUGAAGGACACAUAUCUGGUCCAUCUGACGUGUUCCUCCAGCAAGACGACUGCCAGAGAAGAUCUGGAGCCGGUGGUGCAGAAGUUAUUUACACUGGACGCCGACCCCGACAAAGAUUGCGAAGGGGAGACAGCUGAGAAGCCGAGGGUUCUCUGGGCUCUCUACUUCAACAUGAGAGAUUCGUCGGCCGUGGAGCGCCAGUCCUACGCCGGGCUUCCCGCAAACGUGUACGUUUGCAGCGGCCCAGAUCCGAGCUUUGGCAAUGACCAUGCCAUCCGUCAGGCAGAGAACAUUUUCCACGGGCUGUAUCCCACUGAGGAGUUCUGCCCACCCGCUCCAAACCCAGAAGACAUUAUAUACGAAAGCGAUUGCCCCCCGCAAGACUCUGGAGAAUCCAGCGCUGUCCAAAUUGAGUCCAAAGAAGAAACCUCCCCUGAGAGUGAAAAGGGAGCAGAGAUUGUGGGAGACGCGGAAGAGCCGGAGACGGAAUAGUUAUUUUGGGAUUUUAUGCUGGUGACCGAUGUACAGAUCACGUUCCCACCGCCUGUACCGAUUCCAAGGGCUGCUGGUUCUUCCUAACAUCGAAUGCAGUUAAUCAGGAAAAACUCUGGCUACUGAAUGUAUCGUGCGACAUUGCCUGCAGGUGUCUUUAAAGUGCCCUCGUUUGUUUCGGGGAUAUGGCUGUUGUAUUCUCAAGUUUACAUAUUGCUUAUAUCAUUAAAAUCUAUGUUAUUUAUGCA